AUGAUGGAGAGAGAAUCUUCGGACGAAUAUGAAGAUCAAGAGAACCUAAUCGACCAAAAUGAAAGACCAGUUUACUUCUCCACUGACAUUAAAAAUCUAUUCCAAACCAGAGUUUCCGACCUCAAAUUCGAUGCUUCCAUAAAUCGCAUGCGCGAGUCUGAAUUACGCGCUUUGUAUUUGCUGAGAGAACAGCAAUUUGGGCUUUUCAAUUUAUGGAAUUAUACAUUUGGUACCCAAUCAAAUUUUACCGCACCAAAUUCUAUGAACUCUAGUGCCAAUAGUACUGACUCGAGUCCGGCAUUACAUGAUCUUUUUUCGCCUUUAUCAUCUCCUGCAUUGCUAGAGGAUCUCAAAUCUGUGGUGCUUAAUCAGAUCAAUUUGAAUAAACAAAUUCAGCAAGUUUUGUUGUCAUCGCAUCAAUCCGGAAAUUUCUUGGAUGUAGCUGAUAAUGUUACGGAUCCGAGUCUUUAUGUGGGCGUGAAUAGUUGCCGAAAAGUUGAUCAGAACCCUUCCCAAAGGAGAACAAUUGAGUGGAAGCCGAGAUCGAAUAAGUUCUUGUUUGCAAUUUGCACAUCUGGGCAAAUGUCGAAUCAUUUGAUUUGUUUAGAGAAGCAUAUGUUUUUCGCUGCGGUACUUAGUCGUGUUUUAGUUAUUCCGAGCUCCAAAGUUGAUUAUGAGUUCAGUCGUGUCUUAGAUAUCAAUCACAUAAAUAAAUGCUUGGGGAGCAAAGUUGUUGUUACAUUUGAAGAGUUUGCAGAGAAUAAAAAGAAACAUUUGCACAUAGAUCGAUUUAAAUGCUAUUUCUCCUUGCCACAACCUUGUUUUAUGGAUGAUGAGCGCGUUAAGAAGUUGAAGGGGUUGUUGGGAUUUCUCCCGAUUUAA